CUGUCAGAUGGGUUAGGAACGGAUCCCGGCUGUGCGUUUGAUGAAAUCGAAAUGAUUUUGAAAGGGGAUUCGUGCUUGACGUAUUGUACUUAAGUUCACUGUCAGCUGAUACCUACGAAUUAUUUUGCCAGCAAAUUCCUUUGUCGAUUAUAGUAACAUGGCGCUGUCAUUUAGUUUCAACUCAGGAAAAUGCCAUUGCUGCUCAUAUGUAGUCAAGAGGUUAUGUACUUAACCCUCGCUUUGAGCUUUCUGCUCUGUUUAUUUGAAUGAGGCAGCAUGUUGUGUUUAUGACAUUUGCUGUUGAACAUUCAGACAACGAAGUACCUAAUUCCUAAUUUCGGUGAUGUUUGUACAUAUUACAAGGCUUUAUUGCCUUGCCUGUUUGAUGCAUUUAUUUUUCUGAGCUUUAAAAAGUUAUGAUGAUGGAGAAUAAUAACAAAGAAUCCUUCAAGCUCCUGUCAGUUGUUGGGAGUGGGAGUGAUUCUGAAUCAGAAGUUCCUGAAUUUGUACUUACACCUAAGAAAAAACGACUGAAAAGGCGAGUGCGAGCCAAUCACUCGAUCACGAGAACACGUGAUCCAAAUGCAACAGUGACGUGUGGAAGAAAAAGCAUAUCCCUGGUAUUAGCAGCAGUAUUUCUAUUUUGUUGGCUGUGCACUUUAUCCUGGCUCACAGUCCUCCUGCACGGCAACAUCCAGCAACUCGACGAGAUGGUUGGUCGAGUGGUAGCAGGGAGUCAAGCCGUCCCAGAUGAUCUUCAGAAAAUUCACUCCCUUUCAAGGGAGCUUCAACAGAACCAGACUCAACUAACGUUGCGAGUCAACACCAUUGCCGCUCAAAUAUCUAACUUAAGUCAGCAGCUAGGUGUUGUUCAAACUGAUCUGCGUGUCUACACAGACCAUCAUCAGUCCAAUCCGGAGCCUUCAAACAUCAAGGAGCUCAUGACUAAUGUAGCAUUAAUGGGCUCACAAAUUAAAGAUCUAGACAACACCGUGCGUUCUGUAAAGCAGCAGCAGACAACUCUUGACUCUAUUUUGCAAACUGUUGGGAAAAAUUUGACUGCUGUAGAGACUUCGGUUUCUCAACUUUCCAACGCCACUCUCCGUCCAACACCGUUAGAACCAAACAUAGUGCAUGAACUUGAGAGCCUACGGCAAGUAGUUGCCCAAACCUCUGCAAAUAUAAGUGCAGCCAAUUCUACUAUGACAAAACGUCUACAGUGGUUACAAGACGAUCAAGUCAAAGACCAUAAAGCAAUUGAAUUACUUCAAGACCUUGGUCAGAAUGUUACUGCAAGAGUUAAGACUCUUGAAGGGGAAUGUGCCAAAAUUAGUGAGCAGAGCAUGCUGAACUCAACUUUAACAGUUUUAAAAGAACAGGUCAAUCAGGAUGCACAGCGCUUAAAAGCAGUAGAGCAUUACUUGUCUACCAUGCCAGCAUCACCAGAACAACCAGCCUUGCAAGUGACUCCAAGCAGUAUUGUGGCAGGGAAACCUGCUGAAUCAGGGUCAAUCGCAAAAGAAGAACCGAAAAGAGAAGGAUUGACCCCUUUGCUGACUGAAUCAGGAAUUACCACUCCCGGUGGCUGAGGCCAAUAUAGUGAUGAUUGAUGGACCAUAAUAUUGUGCUAUGUUAGCACAUUUGCUCACAACAGUUACCAUCCUUCCUGCCACUGUUUUGGCAAAUAGUCUUGUGUGACUGCUCUUGAUUGUGCUUUGCUGUGUUUGGCAGUUAUCUCGUGUGUUGUGUAUGUACACUAUUGGCAUUUAAGGACUCACUGAUUGUUUCUAGGUAAGAGAGGCACUUCUGUUGAUGGGCAUGCUUCUUCAGUUGCAAGUGGAAAGUACAAUUUUCUGAGUAUUGUAGAUAUUCAAUUAUUUGUUGUUUGGAGUUUUGGAAAUGUUCAUAAAAUUGGUGCAGACUUUUCUAUGAUAAAAGAGGAAAGGUUCUUUGGUAAUGCUAGUCUUGCCAUUUUAAGGGUAUUUAAUUGUUAAGAGCAUUCACUCAAAUUCCUUGGUAUCUUUGAGCUUAGGAUGCCUCUUCCAGUGCAAAACUAAAAUGAAGCCCGGUGUCUCCUAGUUUGAUCACUGAAAAGCCUGAUUUCUCACCGGUUCUGGAAUUCUAAGAGAGACACUAAAUUCUGUUAUUCCACUCUUUGAGUAUUUGUUGAAAAUAGGUAGUUCAUGCCGGCACAAAACGAAUGGAAUCAAUCAACAAUUUUGAUAUUUGCAUUGAGUUUUGACAUCAUCAAGACCAUAAAUCAUUUGAACUGCAGCAUCUCUUUUCAUCAACCAGCCAACACUGUUUGUCUACUCCUAUAGGUGCAGAUUUAUGAAGUUUUUAAUUAAGUAUACUCUGCCUUACUUGUGAUAAUCCAAGUGUUGUUAGAUUUACUAGUUUCUUGUGCAAUUUAUAUUUUAGCUUGAAUUUUAUUGUUUUAGAAUUGUUUCAUUUUUUAUUUAAUAUUGUAAGGAUAAAGUUGGACAGGAGUAUUGUAUUUGUUUUCUUUUGUUAGAUAUGAACAAGGUUAAUUAAUAAAUGAUGAAAUUAAAACUA